GCCGGGAAGGGCGCGCGGAGGCGGUGGCGGCGGCGGCGCUCCCCCGACGGCUGUCCCGGCGCGCGGGGCGGGAGCGGCGGGUCCGCGGGGGCGCGCGCCGCUCCGCGCGCUCCUCCCCCUCCUGCCCGCGCCGCUCCGCGCUCAGGCCCGGGAGGACGGACCCCCCCCUCGCCCCCUCCCACCCUCUCCGCCCCGGGCGGCGGCGGAGGAGGCGGCGGGGAGCGGCGCGGCAGCGCAAGGAGCAGUAGUACAAAAUGUCAAAAAUUAGAAGGAAGGUCACAGUGGAAAAUACCAAGACCAUAUCCGAUAGCACAUCCCGAAGACCCAGUGUGUUUGAAAGGCUUGGACCCAGCACUGGAAGUACUGCAGAGACACAGUGCCGUAACUGGCUGAAGACUGGCAACUGCCUCUAUGGGAACACAUGUAGAUUCGUACAUGGCCCUUCACCACGAGGUAAAGGCUAUAGCAGCAGUUAUAGAAGGUCACCAGAAAGACCCACUGGAGAUCUUCGGGAAAGAAUGAAGAACAAACGUCAAGAUGUUGAGGCAGAGCCACAGAAACGAAGUACAGAGGAAUCAUCCUCUCCUGUUAGGAAAGAGUCCUCACGAGGAAGACACAGAGAAAAGGAGGAUAUCAAAAUUACAAAGGAGCGAACACCAGAAAGCGAAGAGGAAAAUGGGGAUUGGGAAACAAAUAGAGAAGACUCUGACAAUGGAGAUGUUAAUUAUGAUUAUGACCAUGAGCUGUCUUUGGAAAUGAAGCGCCAAAAGAUUCAGAGAGAACUUAUGAAAUUGGAACAGGAAAACAUGGAGAAACGAGAGGAAAUAGUAAUUAAAAAAGAGAUUUCUCCAGAGGUGGUUAGAUCUAAAUUAUCACCAUCACCAUCACCACGAAAGUCCAGCAAAUCUCCAAAACGAAGAUCCAGUCCCAAAUCAUCAUCUUCAGCUGGUAAAAAAGACAAGAAAGCAUCUACUGUCUCUUCACCACUUUUGGAGCAGCAGAGGAGUUCUAAAAGUACUCAGAGUAAAAAGAAAGGUCCUCGCACCCCUAGCCCUCCUCCUCCAGUACAAGAGGAAACUCCCCUGGGGAAAAAACACAAGGAAAAACAUAAAGCAAAAGAACGUUCAGAAGAAAAGGCAAGGGACGUGAAAGAGAGAGGGCGUGACUUUGAAAGGCACAAGGAGAAAAAAGAGAAGCAGAGGGAUCCGUCUGAAAGCUCCCGUCGACAGAAGCGUUCUCCUAGUCCUGCAGAUCACUCUGGCAGUAAUUCUUCCCCUUCCAGGGAGUACUCACCGCCUGCUGCAAGGCGAAAGCAAACCUCCCGUGCUCCAGCCAAGGCAGCCACUCACAAACAUAACUUCUCACCCUCGCGCAGGUCUGCUUCUCCAUCAGGUCAGCAUCAUUCUCCCAUAUCCUCCAGACAUCACUCCUCGUCCUCACAGUCAGGCUCCUCUGUUCAAAGACAUUCUCCUUCCCCACACCGUAAAAGGACUCCUUCUCCGUCCUAUCAAAGGACAGCCUCCCCGCCUGCGAGGCGGUCAUCUUCCCCCUAUCCCCCACACUCUUCCUCUCCGCCUCAGAGGAAGCGCAGUCCUUCGAGACACCGCUCUCCUGCAAGAGACAAGGGAAGGCACGAUCGCGAUCGGACGUCACAGUCUCAUGACAGGCGCCACGAGAGGCGGGACGAAACAAGAGGGAAAAGAGAAAAAGAAAGAGAAACAAGAGAUGAUCGUGACUAUGACCAAGAACAGAGUACCUCCAGGGACCACAGGGAUGACAGAGAGUCUCGUGAUGGAAGAGACCGGAGGGACACGAGAGACACCAGAGAUCGGCGGGAGCCGCGGGAAUCCAGAGAUACUCGAGACUCCAGAGACACGCGGGAUUAUAGCAGGGACACCAAGGACAGCCGUGACCAGAGGGACUCGCGCUCCACGCGAGACUCCCAUGACUACAGGGACAGAGAGAGUCGAGAUGCCCACAAAAAGGAUGACCAGUAUCAGGAUGACUUGCGUAGCUAUGGGAGAUCCCAUGGCAGAGAGGAAAGCUCUCGUGCUGAAACAAGGAAUGACUCCAGAAGUGACUCCAGAAAUGAGAGCAGAAGUGAUAGAAUUGGCAGAAGUCGAGGCCGAGGUCCAGAAUUAUCUGACAAAGGAAGUCGGGGGACCAGAGGAUCCCAGGCUGAUGGUCACAGCAGUAGUGGGAACUACCAUGACAGCUGGGAAUCGAGGAGUAGCUACGCUGAUCGGGAUCGCUAUGACAGUCGCGAUCAAGCAAGGGACUCGUCCUUUGAGAGAAGACACAGUGAACGCGAUAGGCGUGACAACAGAGAAAGAGAUCAGAGAGCAAGCUCGCCGGUACGGCACCAAGGACGGAGUGACGAUCUCGAGCGGGAUGAGAGGAGAGAGGAGCGAAGAGUGGAUCGGUCUGAUGACAGAAGAGAUGAAAGGGCCCGGGAGAGAGAGCGGGAAAGGGAGAGGGACCGAGAGAGAGAAAGAGAAAGAGACCGGGAAAGAGAGAGGGAGAAAGAAAGAGAGUUGGAACGAGAUCGUGCUCGGGAACGGGAGAGGGACAGAGAGCGGGACAAAGACAGGGAGCGUGAGCGGGACCGAGACAGAGACCACGACAGGGAAAGGGAACGAGAGAGGGAGAGGGAGAAGGAGCGGGAGCGAGAGCGGGAGGAACGAGAAAGGGAGCGAGAACGAGAGAGAGAUCGGGAGCGGGAGCGCGAAAGGGAGAGAGGUCGAGACAGAGACAAAGAGAGAGAGCGCCAGAGAGACUGGGACGACAAAGAAAAAGGAAGGGAAGACCGCAGGGAUAAGAGAGAAGAUAUUCGAGAAGAAAGAGGCUCAAGAGAUGUCCACGAGGAAAGAAAAUCCAAGAAGCGUCACAGAAACGAAAGCAGUCCAAGUCCCCGUCAAUCACCCAAACGUCGCCGUGAUCAUUCUCCUGAUAGCGAUGCCUACAACAGUGGAGAUGAUAAAAAUGAAAAGCACAGACUCCUGAGCCAGGUUGUGCGGCCGCAGGAAUCCCGGUCACUGAGCCCCUCUCAUGUCACGGAGGAGCGGCAGAGUCGCUGGAAAGAAGAAGAGCGAAAAUCGGACAGAAAGGAAAGUUCCCGACGCUAUGAAGAACCAGAGUUUAAAGAGAGAGUUUCUUCAGCAGAUAAGCAAAGAGAGCAGCCAGAUACUUCAGAAGGUUCCCGGUCCAGGGUUCAGGAAAAUCUUGGACACCGUCCUUCUGAAGAAAGAGAUGCUUCUGAUAGAAUGCAUGAUGACAGCAAGAAGAAAUCUAAGAUACAGAAAAAGACCACAAAAAAGAAGAAAGAUGAUGACAGUGGGGUGGAAAGGUACACUAAUGAACCAGCAACCGAGGAAAGCCAGGUCUUUUCCCCUAAGAAAGGUCAAAAAAGAAAAAAUGUGGAAAAAAAGCGGAAGAGAUCCAAGGGUGAUUCUGAAGUUUCUGACGAAGAAAUUGUUCCACAUCAUAAAAAGAAAAAAGGCCCAAGAACCCCUCCUGUAACUAAAGAAGAACUGGUUGAAGCACCACCUGAGAAAGCAGUGGCAGAAGCCCCCACAAAAAGAGAAGAUACAACAUUUAGUGACUGGUCAGAUGAAGAUGUUCCUGAACGUGGUGACAUUGUUGUUCCAGAAAGAACCGCUGACGAUUCCCACAGAAAAAAUCACAGGCCGAGGGUAGAAAAAGUGGAAGCCCCUCAUGUUACUAUAGAGGAUGGAGCACACCGUAAGCCUGUGGACCAGAAGCGCAGCAGCAGCCUCGGCAGCAAUCGGAGCCACGCCUCCAGCAGGCUCAGGUCCCCCUCCAAUGAGUCAGCGCAUCGCAGUGGAGACGAUCAGACUGCACGGAAGAGGAUCCUGCACAGUAGCUCUAGGGACAGGGACAGGGAUAGGGACAGGGACAGGGAGAAGAAGAGCUUAGAAAUCACUGAAAGGAAGUCUCGAAUUGAUCAGCUGAAACGAGGGGAGCCCAGUCGCAGCACAUCUUCAGAUCGUCAAGAUUCAAGAAGCCACAGCUCAAGAAGAAGUUCCCCUGAGUCAGAUCGUCAGGUUCAUUCCAGAUCUGGGUCCUUUGAUAGCAGGGAAAGGCUCCAGGAGCGAGAUCGACAUGACCACGAUCGGGAACGAGAGAGGGACAGGAGAGAGGGGAGGCAGAGGGACUGGGACCGAGAUGUGGACAAGGACUGGCCGAGGAGCCGGGAGCGAGACAGGCUCAGGGAGCGAGAGAGGGACAGGGAGAAAAGACGGGAGCUGGAGAGAGAGAGGGACCGGCAGCUGCCUGAUCCUGCUGAAAGGGAGAGAGAGAGAACUCUUGACAUCUCCUCUCAAAAGGAAUCCACAAAGCACAGUGAAACAAAACUGGACAGAGAUCACGAAAAGGAGUUUGAUGGUGCUUGCCGGGACUCAGCGGCUUCAGAGAAGGAGAAAACAGACAAAGAUUUAGGACCUUCACAAGGCUUUGAAGAUGGAAAUGAGGCCGAAAAGGUAGAGAGUCUAGAAGGAGGAGAGGAUGAGGCAAAGACUAAUGAUGUGCAGUCACUGGGGUCUGGUGCUGGAGAAUACGAGCCUAUCAGUGACGAUGAACUGGAUGAAAUUCUGGCAGGUGAUGCUGAAAAGCGUGAGGAUCAACAGGAGGAUGAGAAGAUGCCUGGUAAAAAUCCAGUGGAUGUUAUAGAUGUAGACUGGUCCAGUCUUAUGCCAAAGCAGCCAAAAGAACCACGUGAGCCUGGGGCUGCGCUCUUAAAAUUCACACCAGGUGCUGUUAUGUUGAGAGUUGGCAUUUCCAAGCGAUUGGCAGGACCAGAGCUCUUCACCAAAAUAAAAGAGACAUGCCAGAGAGUGUUGGAAAAACCUAAAGAUGCAGAAAACCUUUUUGAGCACGAACUGGGAGCACUGAACAUGGCUGCACUUCGGCGGAAAGAAGAGAGAGCAGGUCUUCUCAGCAAUCUGGGUCCGUGCUGCAAAGCGCUCUGCUUCCGCAGGGAUUCUGCCAUUCGGAAGCAGCUCAUGAAGAAUGAAAAGGGUGCAACAAAACAAACUUACACAAAUUCUGGAGCAAUGGACAGCGACUUGUUACGGUUGAGUCUACGGUUAUUCAAACGAAAGACUGUGUGCCAGGUUCCUGGGCAGGAAAAGACAGAGGACAGCAAAAUUCCACAGCCAGCUCUCCAGCAGGAAGUAUGUGUGACUUGAGAAAAUGGCUGCAGUGGCGCUUCCUUGAUUUUGAGUUGAUUUCUCGCUACCAGUGUUGGUGUUGCUGUUUAGAACUGGUGGUUGUAAAGCGGCUCUAGAAGAUGAAAGGAAAUAUUCCAUUUGUACACAGUUAAGAGUAUUGGUAUUAGAUGUGAAUAGGAGUGAAAAAUUGAGACUUCUGUGUGGAGGUCUUUGCAAUUUUUGUAUUAUUGAACCUUACACUGUAACAUAAACCUGUUUUAUGGUGCAUCAAGUGUAAUAAUGUGAAGAUGUCUGGGUUUAGCAGUUUAUAACAUCAAAUGAUAUUAAACUGAGAAAAACUG